AUGAGUGGUCGAUAUGAAGAACGUGAUUAUGGAGACAGCAACAGGUAUGAUCGGAGAACAGACAGGUCAAUGAGGGGUGGACCUCAGCGAAGAGCUGGAGAUUGGGACUGUGAUGACUGUGGGUUCCACAACUAUUCCAGCAGAAGUGAGUGUUUCAAAUGCAAAGUCCCCAAGGGUGAUAAAGGAGGUGUAGAUAGAUCAAGAAGGUUCCACUCCAGAUCCCCACCUCGCAGAGACAGACGUGACAGAUCCCCUCCUCGGAGUUAUGGUGGACGCAGUGGUGGUGGUGGUGGUGGUUACAACAAUAAUGAUUACGGUGACAACUGGGACUGUCCCAAAUGUAAUUUCAGCAACUUCGCCAAACGGCAUGAGUGUAUGAAGUGCAGGACCUCUAAAAGUGGGGAAUCAGGAGGGAGAUCAGGAGGUGAUGACCGUCGUGGGGGUGGACCUGAACGAAGAGAAGGAGAUUGGAAUUGCAAGGAAUGUGAUUUUAGUAACUUUGCCAGCCGAGAUGCUUGUUACAAGUGUAGUGCUCCUAAAUAG